UGGGGCCCCAGGGCAGGGCCCCACUGCCCUCCCCCUGCUCUCCCGACGCGGCCACGCCCCGCUCAGGCUCCUCCCACGCCGCGCGCCCGCCCGUGUCCUCCUGCGACCUGCUUACUCCGAGCCCCUGGCGGGGGGGCAGCGGAGAGCUGUCCCCGCAGGACACCCGGAGCUUCAUGCAGGCCGGAGAGCAUAUCCGACCCAGCGCCGACGAGCCAUCGUUGGUCGCGAAUCGGCCUGUGUCAGGCGUGGCAGUUAGGCCCACCCCAGGACAGGUGUGCGGGCGAUGGGGGAACAGGGGCGAGAGGAGUACAGGAUCCAGUCUUUCGACGCGCAGACUCAGCAGCUGCUGAAGACGGCCCUCAAGGACCCGGGCGCUGUGGACCUGGAGAAAGUGGCUGGCGUGGUGGUGGAUCAAUCUCUGCGGGACUGUGUGUUUAGCAGGGAGGCAGGCCGCCUGUGCAACGCCAUUAUCCAGGCUGAGGGCAAGCAGACAGGCCAGAAUGUCUUCCGGCGGGGUCUCCUCAACCGGCUGCAGCACGAGUUCCAGACCCGGGAGCAGCUGCGCGCCCGCUCCCCGCAGGCCUGGGUCUGCUACGUCACCUUCAUCUGCAAUAUCUUCGACUACCUGAGGGUCAGCAACAUGCCCAUGAUGGCCCUGGUGAACCCCAUCUAUGACUGUCUCUUCCGGCUGGCGCAGCCUGACAGCCUGAGCGUGGAGGAGGAGGUGGACUGCUUGGUGCUGCAGCUGCACCGGGUCGGAGAGCAGCUGGAGAAGGUGAACGGGCAGCGCAUGGACGAACUCUUUAUGCUGCUCCGCGAUGGCUUCCUGCUGCCCGCCGGCCUCAGCUCCCUGGCACAGUUGCUGCUGUUGGAGAUCAUCGAGUUCCGGGCGGCCGGCUGGAAGACCACCCCUGCCGCCCACCGCUACUACUACAGUGAGGUCUCCGACGACGCCAGCUAGCCACCCUCUGCCCACCUCUGGGGCCGAGCACGCACAGGUCACAGACACCACUUGGGACACGCGGGGCCUGGGAGCAGCCCAGCUGCAGGUUUAAUGGUGGCAGGUGCUUUGCGGGAGCUGGGGAGAUUUUCUAAUAAACCUUUGCUAA